CACUCCACGAUGAAAGCACAGUCCACUUUCUCCCUCAUCACAAAUUCCCCCAACUUUCCCGAUAUUCUUCACCGCCCACCCUGGGGCCAGUUUCAGUUCAAUCCAAUUUCAAGACACCAUUGAAGCCAUUUCUCCCGAGGUCAUCUCUUAACCGUUUUCUUGAUUCUUCGUACAUAUGGAGGAAUCUGCUUAUACAAUCAUUUGUUAGGGUUAAGAAUCUUGAUCUUAGGUUCUUGAGAUUUUAUUCAGUUCUUGAUUGUUUUUAGUUUGUUCUAAGGGAUGAUGCCUCAACCCCGAAGAAAGAAGUGGACUGAGGCUGAGGAAAGGACUUUAAUAGACAAGUAUGGUGAGAUGGCGUGUAAUGGGACUUUGGUUAAGAUGAAAACUCGAGAGAAAAAAUACAAGCCCAUUGCUUUACAUGUGAAUUCAGUUCACCAUGUCCGAGACCCGGCCACGUACCCGUGGCUGUGGACUUGGAAAGAUGUGUCAACCAAAGUGCAGAACAUGAGGCACCAGUAUGCCUUGGUGAAGCAGAAGAUUAAGAAGCCUGAAUCAUUGGUGGGAGGCAGUGAGGAAUUCGUUUGGAUGGAGGGGGUGACACACUGGUCCAAUUUUCUUAGGUAUAAGGAGGUGUUUGGGGAUGUGCCAUUAAUGUUCGGCGGCAAUGAUUCGAUGGUGGCUGUGGGAGAGGUGAAUGAGAAUAGAGGAGGCUUCGAGGGGAGCGGCCAAAUAGCACAAUUUGGGCAUUUGGGACAAUCGGCUGAGGGGGAUUUCGCAGCUGGGAUUGAUGGGGUUGAUAAUGGGGCCAUGGAUUUGGAGUUCGACUAUGAGGCAGAGGAGGGUGAAGAGAAUUAUAAUGGAGGUAAUAAAAGUGAUAUACCAAUGAGAGAAGAUGGAGAUGACGGAUUUGUUUGUGAAGAUAUAGAACCGAGUGGAUCAGAUACGAGGAAAAGAAAGGUGGCAAAAGGGUUAGAGAAGAGUGCAUGGGGAUGUCUUGUUAAUCAAUUAGGGAACUUGAGGGAGAUGGAAACUCGAUUUGAGCAGCGUGAGGUGGAGAGAGAGCGGGAGAAGCAGCAGAGAGAGCAUCUUCGCAUGGAAAAUGAGCGUGAACGUGGGAGGAAAUGGGAAGAAAUGGAGAAAGAUCGAGAAGAGAGGGAGAAAGCUCAGAAGUUGAGGAGGCAUAGAAAUCAAGACUGGGAAGCUAUGAAGAGGGAGACUGAUGAGAGAGAGCGAAGAAGAGAGGAAGAGUUAAAUGGGCGGGAAUGGGAAGAGAAACUGAGUCGAAGGAGAUCAGAAUGGAAGAAGAGGAUCGACGAUAUGCUAACUCAACACAGAGCAGAAAUGGGCCAGAUUCAGGCUCGAAUACUUAAUGAACAACAGAAUCUUACUAAUCAGCUGCUUGGAAUUGUUUCACAGUGGACUAGUCAUCCCACGGGGCUCUCUGAUCACACGGGAGCUAGCAGCCAUUAUUUACCACAGAUGAUUCAGAACUUGCACCAUGUAAACGGUAUGGUUCAUGGUGAUGCACGAGUCGAAGGAGAUAAUCAAGAGGACCAGUUCAUUGUUGAUGGAUAAUUCUAUGUUUUCAUUUGAUAUGCCCCUUAUUGAGAUUCAGGCAAUUGGGAGCACAUCCUUAACAAUGUGUAACGCCGGAAGAAUACCCAUGGGGAAAAGGCACCCGAAGGAACCAGAGGUGUGGAAAUAUUAAGGCUUGAGCAUUAGUUAGGUCUCUGUACUACAUCUGUGUAGUUUAUAUUCUUUACCUUCUUGUUUUCUCAAUUCUUUUGAGGGUUUCUUCUGAUCUUACAUAGUAUAGCUUGUAUAAUUCUCUGCUUCAAUUUUUAUUGUGACUAUCAUCCAAUAAAAGUCUCCGAUAUUUAACUUA